UAUCCUAGUUUAGGCUUUAGGGUAGGGUAUGUGACUGGGAAGUUUGUUUCCGUAUAACAAACUCGGCCGUACCGUAGAAGUUCCCUUGAGACAAUUUCUGCGAAGUUUCCGGCUUGCUUAAAUCGAUUUUGUUCCACCCUUAAUAAUGAAGUACCUCGCUGCUUAUCUUCUUCUUACUGUCGGCGGUAAGGCCGCCCCUGCUGCUGCCGACGUCGAGGCUGUCCUCUCUGCUGUUGGUAUCGAGUCUGAGACUGACCGCGUUGAGUCUCUUAUCAGCGAGCUCAAGGGCAAGGACUUGGAGGCACUCAUUGCUGAGGGAGCCGAGAAGCUCGCUACUGUUCCUUCUGGUGGUGCUGCCCCUGCUGCUGCCGCCGCUGCUGGUGCUGCUCCUGCCGCCGAAGAGGCUAAGGAGGAGGCCAAGAAGGAAGAGGAGGAGGAGUCUGAUGAAGACAUGGGCUUCGGCUUGUUCGACUAAGCUAGUCAUUUGUCUUCGUAGCAACAAAUCAAAACCAUUUUUUAAAGUA